CGGCAACUUCUGUAGGUCUGCAGCAGAUCUCUUGACAUGGCACCCAUCUCGACUCUUUGGUGAACUCAAGUCGAUGUAUAUUUCAGCAAGCAUGUCUUGCGCUUGAGGUGUUCCAAUUGCCAUCAUGCGACCUUCUGCAGCCCUUCCCCCGGUCAUCCGUAUCAUCGAUGGCACGUUUUACCGUCAUCACCCGUCAUCAGCCAGCACUGCUGGGCAAGCAAACCCGCCUUUGUUCAACAACCUCAAGUUCACACUUCCUUCCGCAACAGACCCGCCUAAUCACUGGUAUGUAUUAGGCCCUUCUCUGAGUGGGAAGACCACCUUCUUGCAGCUUCUGCGCGGCGAGCAUCUCUGUUUUGGUCCCGAAGCGAGGAGCUUUCCCUACCUCUCCACCGACGCGGUGCCUCGCAAGUUGCGGGUGCCCGGCAAGGCCAUCCAAUAUGUUGGUUUCGACAAUAAUGGGUUCUCCGCCAGUGCCAUCAAGCCGGCGCAUUUGUCUGCACGUUACGAGUCGAAGCGCGUGGACACGGAUUUCUCCCUGCAAGAUUUCUUGUUGGGUAACACCGAGUUGAAUGCCCUGAAGUCGGAUGAGGAUAAGCCCAACCCGGUCCUUGUAGACCGAGUUGUGAGGGAUCUCAGACUUGCCCAUUUGUUGGAUUUACCCGUUUCAUUCCUGAGCAAUGGGCAAGGACGAAGGGCAAGGAUCGCAAGGGCUCUUCUAAGGGUUCCCGAAGUGCUACUUCUCGACGAGCCCUUCAUGGGCCUCGAUCCACCUACCGUCGCUGGGCUCAGUCCACUUCUGCAUAGCAUGGCCAGGAAGGCUAGCCCGAGGCUGGUGAUGAGUGCUAGACCACAAGAUCCCAUACCAGACUGGAUCACACAUCUAGUCUAUCUCAGGGGCGAUUGCCAGGUCGGCGCUAUGGGUGAAAAAGAAGUCGUAUUGGAGGGCCUGAGGAAAUACGUCAGGGGAGUGUGGAAUGGGACGCGCAAGGAGGAUAAGGAGAUGGCGGUGCACAACAUCGAACAUAUGGGCAAAAUCCUAACCGCCAAGGGUAUCCAAGGAGAUCCACUUGGGGGCGAAGAAGGCCAGGCAGAAGACGAAAUUCCUCUCGCUGCGGAUGACCAGCUGAGCAAACCUCUGGGGGAGCCUGUUGUUGAGAUGGACGGCUGUGUAGUACAGUACCGAGGCAAAGUUGCUCUUGGCAGCUGGAAACAACAGAUACAAGGCGAAGAGAAGCACGGUCUCCUCUGGACUGUUCGGAGAGGUGAGCGCUGGGGCAUAUUCGGACCCAACGGCUCUGGAAAGACCACAAUCUUGUCUCUCAUCUGUUCCGAUCACCCCCAAACUUACUCACUUCCCAUCAAGCUCUUUGGCAAGACCAGAAUCCCCGAACCAGAGUCAGCGACACUGCCGCUUACGAUCUGGGAUAUCCAAGCCCGUAUCGGACAUUCAAGCCCUGAGAUUCAUCAGUUGAUGCCACGCAAUUUGACGGUGCGGCAGGUCAUUGAGAAUUCGUGGGCAGACACUUUUCGGACCAAAGCAAAGAUGGAUAGCGAAAGAAAAGGAAAAGUAGACGCUGUCCUUGGCUGGUUCCAGGCAGAGCUUAAUCCUGCCUACCUUCCAUCGUCCAGCAGCCCGACCCUGACCGCUACUGAGACAUAUUUGCAAUGGGCUGAUCACUACAUGUUUGGCGAGCUAUCUUUUUCCGCUCAGCGCGUGCUCUUGUUCCUACGCGCCAUAAUUAAAAACCCUGACAUUGUUGUUCUAGACGAGGCGUUUGGUGGAAUGGAUGAUGUCGUGCGGAACCGUUGCCUCUUGUUCCUUGAGCACGGGGACAGCAAAAUGUAUGCUACCAAUGAAGACGGAUCCGAGACCAUCGUCGAUCGCGAGGCUUCCAAAGCUGGCAACGUCAAAGUUCGAGGGUUGACGGAUGAUCAAGCCUUAAUAUGCAUUAGCCACGUGAGGGAGGAGAUACCCGGGUGUAUCCGAGAGUGGAUUUGUCUUCCCGAGGCCAACUCGGGUGAAGCAGCAAGGUUUGGGAAAUCGAGAGGUCCCCUGGGCAAAGAUGAGAAGAGCUGGAGGGAUAUUUGGGGAAUGAGUAGAUGAUGUCCUUCCUAGAGAGAAAAGAUAGUGGGCUCAGAAACGCCUGGGCUGGGCUGAAUGAGUAAUAUCAGCAGAGCCGACUUUCCCCCAUGGUCUUGAACAUCUUUGAGAGAUUUCUUAAUAAGUCAUCUCAUCCACACUAUUGUUUUCCUCGAGGUGAAAAUACCGU